AGCCCUAACUUGUAACAGAGGAUCUUAAUUAUGAUUUUCAUGAAACCCUAAUUCUCUCCGCAACACUUGAUGCUCCUCAGUUAAUACCUCUCAGCCUUCAGUUUAUGUGCCCUAUCUCAUUUCCUUUGAUCUAGAGCUAUGCAUCGUCAAGGAGCUCUAGAUAGAAAGGAGACUCAAGCUGGAGCAGGAGCAGGAACUGGCAAUGGCAACGAGAACACCAUAUCAUCGGAAGGCUUACCUUCGUACUCGAACUAUCGUCUUAGGCUGAAUCCAAAUACAGAUCACAAGCCUGAUAACUACGAGGAUCUCCAAUUGGAGUUCAGUCCUCUGCUUUUCAGCUCGUUGGAGAGGUACCUGCAUCCUAACCUGUUGGAUGAGUCGCGUGAGACCAAGGUCCAAUACAUCAAGGAAAUUUUGCAUCGAUAUUCUCCAGAAGGCGAUAGAACGCGAGUCCAGAAGCACAGGGAAUACCGCCAGAAGAUUAUAUCCAAUUAUCAGCCUCUACAUAGGGAGUUAUUCACUAUGCAUGCAGAAAAUUUCUUUGUGCCAACCUUCCUCAAGGCAGUGCAUGACAAUACUGAGGAGAGUUUUAAAAAGAUAAUGGUUGAACCCAUACCUGGAGUGUUUUCAUUUGAAAUGCUUCAACCGCGUUUCUGCGAGAUGUUGCUAUUGGAGGUAGAAAACUUUGAGAAGUGGGUUCACGAGACAAAAUUCAGAAUCAUGCGACCAAAUACGAUGAAUAAAUAUGGUGUGGUUCUUGAUGACUUUGGGAUGGAACCCAUGCUUAACAAGUUCAUGGAAGACUUCAUACGGCCUAUGUCUAGAGUACUUUUCAGUGAAGUGGGUGGAUCCUCACUUGACUCUCAUCAUGGGUUUGUAGUUGAGUAUGGAAUCAACAGGGAUGUUGAUCUUGGCUUUCAUGUAGACGAUUCUGAAGUUACACUGAAUGCGUGCUUGGGCAAGCAAUUUUCUGGUGGAGAAUUGUUCUUCCGAGGUGUUAGAUGUGAUAAUCAUGUGAACUCAGAAACUCAUCCUGAGGAAAUCUAUGAUUACUCCCAUAUACCUGGGCAUGCAGUUCUUCAUCGUGGUCGCCACCGCCAUGGUGCUAGAGCUACAACUGAUGGACACAGGAUCAAUUUGCUGCUGUGGUGCAGAAGUUCUGCCUUGAGAGAAAUGAAGAAAUAUCAAAAAGAAUUCCCCAACUGGUGUGGAGAUUGCCUAAGGAAGAAGAAAGAGAGGCAGCGGCUGAAAGUUGCUGCCAUUAAAAAUGAAUUAAUAAAGAGGCAAGGAGGAGAACAACAAGCCACUAGAGAGACCGCUGCUUGAAUCUCGAGCGAGUUGGUAGGUUUGGUUGUCUCGUGUUUGUAAUACUCGUGUUGUUACUGUUUAACAAAGAUCAUCCUUGGAAGAAGAAACUGAGUGUAUUUUGGUCAGGGUAAAAGCUGAAACUGAAAGAGAAACUUAAAUUUUACUCAUCACAAUAUGUACUAUUGUUCAAGUUAUGAUGUAAUAUGUAAACUGAAGCUGUUUUAGGUAAAGAACCGACUCUCAAAGGUCAUAUAGUGACUUCUUUUACUUUUUGUAUCUUAUAUUUUGGUUAUAAAAAAACAAAUUUGAA